AUGGGAAAGGCCUCUAAUCAUCUAUUUGUCGUCGAGUUCUCAACUUUAAAGAACUUGGAAUUUCACGACAUCAACGACAAUCACGUUGGUGUGGAUCUCAACGAUCUCAGGUCUGUAAAGUCUUCGCCUGCCGGCUUCUGGGCGGGCAACAAUCAGUUCCAAGAUUUGAAUCUCAAGAGUGGACAGAAUAUUCAGGCUUGGAUUGAUUAUGACCAUCUUCAAAACGAGCUCAGGGUCACCAUUGCGGAAGCUGGUUCUCAACGCCCAGAAACGCCACUGAUAUUUAUGAAAAAUAUGUCUCUGCCUAAAAUUGUAGAAGAAGAAAUGUUUCAGUAUAAGGACCUACAUAUUGCAAGAAAGGGCUUCGGAGAGAAGCAACUUUUGGGAUGCGGAGGCUUUAGCCAGGUCUACAAAGGUGUCCUUCCCACAAACAGCCUCCAGGUGGUGGUGAAACGUAUUCUAAGAGAAACAGAUGAUGGGGUUAAGGACUUCAUAGCUGAGAUCUCAAGUCUUGGUCGCCUUCAACAUCGAAAUCUUGUCCAGAUCAGAGGCUUCUGCAGGCGACAAAACCAUCUAUUCAUAGUUUAUGACUACAUGCCAAAUGGGAGCCUGAACAAAAUGAUAUUUGGAAACCCAAAGAAGGUGUUUAAAUGGGGUCAGAGGUACAAAGUCCUCAGGGAUGUCGCUGCGGGGCUGAUGUAUCGCCACGAAGAAUGGGAGCAACGCGUAGUGCAUAGAGACAUCAAGUCCAGCAAUAUUUUGUUGGACUCGGAGUUUAAUGGAAAGUUAGGCGACUUUGGGCUUGCCCGUCUCUACGAGCACAACGAAAGCUCACAUACUACUCGCGUGGUGGGAACGCUGGGAUACAUCGCACCAGAGCUCAUACAUACAGGAAAGGUCAGCCCCGCCACAGAUGUGUUCAGCUUUGGUAUUUUGAUGUUGGAGGUUGCUUGCAGAAGGAGACCUGUCGAUCCCUCUCUCCAACCUGCUCAAGGAGUUUUGGUAGACUGGGUGAGAGAACUUGAUGACAAUGGCAGUCUGAUGGAUGCAGCAGACCCGAAUCUUGGCGGGCAAUACGUUGAAGCUGAGAUGGAGAGAGUGCUCAAAUUGGGGCUACUGUGUUCUAAUCCUCAGCCAGAUGGUAGGCCUGGAACGAGACAAGUUCUACAAAGACUUGAACAAGAAGCUCCAAUAGCAAAUUUUGAUGCUUCGUUUCAUUUGGAGAUGAGUAAUACUUGGAGAUCUCCUAAAUGUUACAGUCAUAGCGCAGAUGCUUCUAUUUCUAUUUCUGUAGAGGGACGAUAA